AUGAGAUACCCAUAUAUAUAUUUUUUUUUUUUUUUUUUAAUUUUAUUUUUUUUUGAGAGAGAAAAUUAUGUGUUUACGCUCAAAGCUUAUGGAAAUAAUUUCGAGAAAUUUAAUAAAAUUUUAGUAGAAUAUUCAAAAUGCCCAGAUUAUACUAACAUCAAUCAUAAAAAAAAAAAUAAAAAAAAUAAUAGCAAUAGCAAUAGUAAUAAAAUUUCCAAUAAUUUGACUGGCGUAUGUUUAAAGGGUAAUGAAUACAGAAAGAGAAAUAUUUAUAGUACUAUAGAAAUUAGAAAAUUAACAAAUUUAAUAAAAAAAAAAAUAAAUAAUUUUUUAAAAAACGAUCAAGAUAAUAAUAAUAAUAAUAUUCAUCCAUUAAAAAAUACUCUUUGGAAAAUAAAUACAUAUAAUUGUCUAUUUCAAAAAAAAAAAUCUUUUUAUAUUUAUAUUUAUGAAAAUGGGACAGUAAAAACAUCUGAUAAUUUAACUGGUUAUUGGUUUUAUGAUAAAUAUUAUAUAACAUGGUGUAUCGAAUAUCCAGAUCGAAAAGUUUAUCACACUUCGGAGCUUGUAUGGAAUAACGAGGAGAGCAAAAUGGUAAAGGGAAUAAUUUACGAGGAGAUGAAAAAAACAAAAUUUUUUCCUCCAUAUAUGUUUAGAAAAAUAUUAUGUUCAUUUGAUGGUAGCAUACAAAUUAAUUGA